AUGAGCAUCACGCAAGAGAUCAAGGCCGAAUGCCUCUGCGGCAGCUAUCAACUCUCUAUUACUGUGCCUAACCAGCAACGUCCCCUCAAAGCUUCGAUAUGCCAUUGCGAUAGUUGUCGUCACGGCUCAGGCUCACUAUACCUAGGUGGAGUCUUCGUGCCGGACGAUUGCGUCGAGUCUGUAGAAGAGUCACUUUCCAAACUAAAGGCUAGUCAAUGGUCAAGCCGCAGAACAGCGUACAUGUGCUCUACCUGCGGCAGUACUAUCGUGGAAAAACUUGAUGGCCAACUUUGCAUCCACACAGGAGCUCUCGACCAGUUGGACGACACAGUGCAGUUCAAGCGCCAGAUAUUCGUCAAGGAUACCAAAGAUGGUGGCUUCAGCCACUGGCUGAAAGACUUGUCACUCGAGACACAUGCCACCCUGAAUGACAGUCUGCCUGCAAACUGGCCUCAGUCAAGUAAGCGACCAGCAGACAAAACAUCAGAUCGACUGCACGCCCACUGCUUGUGUAAGGGUGUUAACUUUUGGAUCUCUCGUCCACUGACAUCCUCCGCCAACCCCGCCAACCCAAAGUCUGACACCCACCAGCACAACCCUGACCGUGGAGACUACGAAGUCGAGAACCCAUGGUGGCUUUGCGAAGACCGCACCAAAUUCUUCGCCGAAGUAUGCCCAUGCAACUCCUGCCGUCUAUCAAGCGGCUGCGACUUUAUUCCAUGGACCUACGUCCCAGCUACAGACAUCUCAUUGACCGCUGAUGGAAGUGUGCCUUUCUCCCAUGACUUUGGUACGCUCAAGGGAUAUCGCUCAUCCGAUCAGGCAACUAGAUAUUUCUGUGGUGACUGUGGUGCGACCGUCUUCUAUAUCAGAGAUGAAAGACAUGGUAUCGCAAACGUGGCUGUGGGAUUGCUCGAUGCAGAUGAAGGCUCACUGGCACAAAACUGGCUUUGGUGGAGGACUGACGCUCUUGACUUCAAAGAGGAUAGUAUUGGUCGUGCUGCCACUUUUGUAAAUUCUGUUGAGAGGGCAUUGCAGAGGUGGGGUCAGGAGGCCUCGGUCUCAAAGUCAUGA